UUAGGCUCACAAUUGUCGAUAACUAUAGGCUAUUCGGGUCUAUUUAAUGAAAAAAAAAAAUAGAAUAGAGAUAUACCAAAUAAAUAAUAAGAGAUUCAUAAAAUAUAUCAAGCCAUAAUAUGCCACAUUGUUUACAUAUAAAGAUCUUUAUUCAAAUAUAUAAAUUGUUCUGUGUUGAUAAACUCAACCAGCUACUUUUUUACAUAUAAUUUCUCCAGCCUUUGAAAACAUUCUCACACAAUGGACAUUUGCUGGCAUGCAUUUUUUGUAAGUAGCCUAAGUGUUACAUACCUAUGAGGAAAAAUUACUUCUUUUCAGUAAUUUAUAGUAUUUGAUCUUGCCAAAAACGCAUCUAUGAGGUAUUGUCAGUUUUGUUUCCUACCCUGUCAGUUUAAGAUUCGAAGCAGAUUCGACAGGUACGCCACCUUUCGAAAUACUUGUGAAAUGCACCGCUUGGUGUUUCAAAUCACUUCAUCACGUGACAUGGGUGUUUCGAAUCACAUUUCGGAGCAGUGUUUCGAAACAUUUACGCUUCGGGAUCUCGACACAGUGUCGAAACGUCAGUUUCGCGGGAGCCAUCCCUAUUGGCAGGAUGAUGUCUACAAUAAUAGUGCAAGGGGGUGAAACACCUGCAUUCCUGUCUCCAAGUGUAGUGGACUACAUUGUAUUUGGGGACAUCCUUCAAGUUCAUGUGUCACCUGAUGAUAUAGGUGACCCUGAUUUAAGGGAGAACCUCAAUAAGGUUCAAGAUGCAACCUUGCAGGAUGAUUUGGAGAAGGCAGUCAGCUGUUGUGACUCAUGGCGAUAUCAAGUAGAGGGGCUUCCACUCGUAGUCACCAUGGCCAACAGAGAUGUGUUUGUGAAAAAUGCAGUUUUAUACCAUACUGUUGUGCAACGGCAGAGCUGUCUUGAUCAACUCAUUGAUGGCUUGUCCCACUAUGGAGUUUUAUCACUCCUGAGAGAGAACCCCAGCUUGCGUGUGCUACUUGACAUACCAGGAGAGGACAAAUGUCAAGAAGCUGAUUUUGUAGCUGGUAUUCUCAAACCAAGCUACUCCGUACUGGGGAGCAACAGAAGAGCUAAGGAGGAGUUGAUAGUGAUCAAAUUUAGGGAGUUUCUCCAAUGUGUUGAAAAUAAAGAGCUGAGAGACACAUAUGGGGACAGGACUCUAACCAACAGUGAGGAGGCAUUCCUGAAGACUUUGAGACCUGGUCACAUCCUGGCAUUUGCUACAGGGAGCAGCAAAGUCCCAGCCAUUGGCUUUCAUCCAUCUCCUAAAUUAAUGUUUAUUCAUGAUGAAAAAAAACAUCUUCCCAUUGCGCACACUUGUGCAAAUGAGCUUCACCUUUUUGUAAACGCAAAAACAAUGGCUGAUGAUGAUUGAGUUUGAGUUUGAGUUUAUUUAUUUAAGAAAUGGGACAAUGCACAUUCAUAGCCACGCAACACAUAGAGCAUGAAAAUAUGCCAAAUUUAGCCAUACAGGCUAAUUUUCAUUUGUAGUCCCAGGCAGGCGGAUGUUAAAUAACACAAUUACAAUUAAAAUACUAAAUUCUAAUAAAAAUAACCAUAUCAUACAUUUUCCAAACAGCAUAAUCAUAACCAACAAAACACACACUACACCAAAUCAUGACAACAUUUUUGAUUAUCUAAUAGAUGAAUUGAUUACCAUGAUGAAUUUAACUACUGCUUCCUAGUAGCACUAAUGAAUGGAUCUUUAUUCAGCACCAUUUAAACAAACAGUUAAUUUGUUAAAGAACCCCUGCAGUGUAAUACACCAAUGUUUAGUGCAGGGCUCCACAUGUUUGUUCAUAAACGACAUAGUUUGUCCAUGUUUUAAAGCAAUGGUUUUAAUUGCAGUACACAAGAAAUCUUAAAAAGAAAUACUUAAGCUUGUGUUGUUCCAUCUUGCUCCACACUUCGCCCUGUUUUCUUACAAAAUUUUUUUUUACCUCUGUGAGAACUAUCU